ACAAUCUUCAAUAUCUAUCGAAAAAUAAAAGCUACCUAAGUCAGUCUCAUUUGUAUGGCUGCUUAUCAUUUUAAUGACAAUUCUCCUUCAUUAGAAAAUCUUUCACCCACUGGGGGAGGAAGUAGCACUAGGCAUCCCAAUUUCAGAGGAAUUCGACAGAGGAAUGGGAAAUGGGUCUCCGAAAUUCGCGAGCCUCGAAAGACCACACGUAUAUGGUUAGGUACUUUUCCCAUUCCUGAAAUGGCAGCUGUCGCUUACGAUGUUGCAGCUUUGGCAUUAAAAGGUCCUGAUGCGCAAUUAAACUUUCCUGAUCGUGCAUACUCCUACCCUGUCCCUGCUUCUCUGUCAGCCGCAGAUAUUCGUACUGCGGCUGCUAAUGCUGCUGCUGCUAGAGCACCUCCUUUGUCAGAAAUCAAUACAGCAGCAGGAGGAGGACAAGGGCAAGAGUUUGUGGACGAAGAGGAAAUAUUUGGAAUGCCGAAAUUGCUUGAUGAUAUGGCAGAGGCAAUGCUUGUUAGCCCGCCAAGGAUGCAUCAGUACGACGAAUCACCUGAAAACUCUGAUGCAGAUAGUCUCUGGGGUUAUCCAUGAGUAAAAUAUAUGUACAGUCCAGAAACUAAAAUAACACAACCACUAUUUAUAAGUUAGUAGGGGUUUGCAUUAUGUUUUUGUUUGUUAUGCUGUUUGUUUCGGUAAAACAAAUACUAGUUUCUAGAAAAAACAAACAAGAAGAAGCAACAAGUUACUUUACUUUUAUUGAAAACAAUAUAAUGAAUUUGACUUUCUAAAAGAAGUAAAAAAUUGUUUUCAUGUUUUCAGUAAGAUAUACAUACAGCCAAAUAUUUGUUGGUGAGAGAGAAGUUUGUUUCUUGUGAAUAUAAGGGAAUGAUAGCUAAUUAGAAUAAUAAUGUCGUCUUCUAAGUUCCAGCCCAGAGAUUUAAUUAUAUGGAGUCAAGGGAGCUUUUGCUGAAGGUCUGACUAUUGGGUAUCAAUAUUAUGUUGUAUGUGUCAGAAUGCCCAAUCCUAUCCUACUCGUUUUUGGACAUAUACGUAUUAAUGAAUGAUGAAAAUGAUAGAUUAUCUUA